AGAACCAUAGCCCCAGUCAGGCAGUCUCCCCGAUCGAUCUCGCCGAGUCUCGUGAGUCGCGAGAGUCCCAGCGAGCGGGGCACAAUAACACUCCACCUGCUCCUUAUUUCACCAGGGAUUUGUCUCUCCCCUUGCACUCCCGACCAGUAUGGAGGUGUAAGAAGCGUUAUCCAAGAGUUGUUUGGUGCCCACAGUGAAACCUGCGAACAUGAAAAUGGGUUUGUCGCAGCGCCAAAGAGAGGAACUUAAUAAGGCCAUAGCUGACUAUCUGUGCAGCAAUGGCUACAUGGACGCUCUGGAAGCCUUCAAGGCAGAGGCAGACAUGCCUGGCGAAAUUGAAAGAAAGUACGCUGGACUCCUCGAAAAGAAAUGGUGCUCUGUCAUCAGGCUCCAGAAGAAGGUGAUGGAGCUGGAGGUGAAGCUGAACGAAGCCGAGAGAGAAUACAUCGCUGGAGCUCCAACUCGGGACAAACGAUCGCCGUCAGAAUGGAUUCCUCGGCCCCCGGAGAAGUACUGCCUCACCGGCCACAGAGCGCCCGUCACCAGGGUUAUCAUCCACCCCAUGUAUUCCUUGAUGGUUUCAUCCAGUGAAGACGGAACCAUCAAGGUCUGGGAUUACGAGACAGGCGACUACGAGAAGACCCUCAAGGGCCACACCGACAGCAUCCAGGACAUUGCUUUCGACCAUGGCGGGAAGUUCUUAGUGUCAUGUAGCGCUGACAUGUCCAUCAAGCUUUGGGACUUCUCCUCCUACGAGUGUGUCAAGACCAUGCACGGCCACGACCACAAUGUAUCCUCGGUAACCUUCAUGCCCUCGGGAGAUUACCUCCUCAGCUGCUCCAGAGAUAAGACCAUCAAAAUGUGGGAGGUGGCUACAGGAUACUGCGUGAAGACGUUCACUGGACACCGAGAGUGGGUGAGGAUGGUACGAGUCUGCAACGACGGCUCCCUCAUCGCCUCAUGCUCCAAUGACCAGACAGUUCGAGUCUGGCUCACCGCUACCAAGGAAUGCAAGGCUGAGCUUCGAGAGCACGACCAUGUGGUGGAAUGCAUUGCCUGGUGUGAGGGCAAUGCCAGCAAUGCCGUGAAUGAAGCUGUUGCCACAGAUAACCGAAAGCCAACCUACCAGGGUCCCUUCUUGAUGUCCGGCUCCAGGGACAAGACUAUCAAGGUUUGGGAUGUGGGUGUUGGCCUGUGCCUCUUUUCUCUGGUGGGUCACGACAACUGGGUGCGAGGCCUAGUGGUUCACCCCGGCGGCAAGUACAUUCUCUCAGCCUCCGACGACAAGACAGUCCGGGUGUGGGACAUUAAGAACAAGCGUUGCCAAAAGACCCUGGAUGCUCACUCUCAUUUCUGUACAUCAUUAGACAUGCACCGAACUGCACCAUACGUCAUCACUGGCAGCGUGGACCAGACCAUCAAGGUGUGGGAGUGUCGCUAACAUGAGGGUGUGCCAGCCAGCCAGCCUCCCCUUCCCUCCCCACCCCUUCCUCCCCACUGCACGCUGUCACUGCCGCCACAGACACUGAUGAUGAUGCCACUGCUGCUCCCUGACUCCCCUGCACUGCUGUCUGUGAUCCCCUGCCCCGUGGCUACUCUGGUGGUGGUGAUGGUGGUGGUAGUGGUGGUGGCCGCACUGGGCACCUCGUCAGGGGUGGUGCCACUCUCUUCGCCCUGCAGUUUGAUCUUAAAGGAGCUGGAACAUGGGCAGUGUGCAGUAAGAGGCAAGUGGCACCAUGUUUUUGGGAGGAGAAAACCCAAGUAAUUUAUUUCUUUAAUUUAUUAUUACCACAAAAUAUAACAAGAGUACCACCCUUUUGACAGUAACUUGGGCACUACUGGGGCGCCAGGGAAGCUAAGGAGCGUCCAGGGUGGGCUCAGAGCACCUGUGUAUAGCUGCUUCUUGUGUUGCCUCCUUAUCUUGCACUCACCACAAGGCCGAGGCUGCUCACUAGCAGUUCGGGUGUGAUGUGUCGCUGAUCCUCUGUUGUUUUUACACCAAAGAAGAGUAGAGGUGUUUCUUCAAAACCUGUGAAUGUUUAACAUGAGCUCAUUUGUAUUUGUGAUUCUUCAUUCCCAGGUGAUCAGAGGAAAACUUUGAUGAUAUAAAAUUACUGUAACAUUGUAAAUAUUGAAGUAGCCACUUAUAGUUACUUAUACAACAGCUAUGUUUUGAAGACUAUAAUGGAGGGCAAGGAUGAAAUAAGUAGGCAGCAGUACAGCAAUGCUUGUUUCGUGUGCUGUGGAGCAGGCAGCAGGUGGCAGGCCAAGCCUCCACCCCCAGGCUGGGCUCAUCAGGGAGCAGGAGGGCGAGCAGAGCAAGCAGGGUGCACAGGGCCUGCCCCCCAGCACACCAUGUGACGCAAGCCCUGGGAGACAGGAGAGGCUAGUUCAGUACAGGCAGUCUGGUGCUACUCUGCCCCAACCUCCCCCACCACCUGCUGGUGGGGGGUGCCGGGCGGUUGGUGGCUGUUACCUCGGUUGUGUCUGGCGGGGCCCAGCGCUCCCACGUUCACCUUUCAUCCCAGACAAUACCAGUCUUAACUUUACUUCUUCAUUUUGUCACUCUUUGCUACCUAUAUCUUUCCCACGUCUAGAUUUCAUGGCAGAUCUUUGAAGUCAAAUUAGCGAGGCACAAACGGUGCCUUUUUUAUAUAAACUAACAUGCUGUGAUUACCUUAUAUAGUCUACACUUUACAGAGCUUUAGUAUAUUUUUUGUAUUUUUGUACUAUUUAAUGUAGCCACGUGGUUUUGAUUGUCACAUUGGCAUCAAUCAAUCACUGACUAUCUUGUGUUAAUUAUUAUAAAGAAGCUGGAGCUAUGAUGAGGCUGCCUUGCUUGGCCAACUAGUGAAGGAACAGCACCACCAGUAGCAAACAGUCACCCUGCCUUGGACUAUGCCUGUGCCUGCACUGCCAGAGGGUAGUGUCAUGCAAACCUUGAACAGUACCACACUAGUUCAGUAAGCAGUACUAGAGAGGCCGGCUCUACUGUAUUUGACAACUGAAAAUGGCUGCCACAAGGUCUUAGCUGUGUUGCAUAAUAUGUUAAUGAAUAGUCCAUGGGGCUGGUUAGUUUCAGAUUUAUUAUCAUAUAAUGUGUGUGCUUGUGUGUGUAGUAUGCAUAUACCAUUCUGCAUUGUGGUGCAUACUUGUAUAUGCAUAGUAGCACAUUCUUUUUCUUUGAAUUAAAACUCGACUGUAUACUUAUACAUGCAUAUACCCUUCUGCAUUGUGCAUAUUUGUAUAUGCAUAGUAGCACAUUCUUUUUCUUUGAAUAAAAACUCACCUGUAUACUUAUACAUGCAUAAACAUUCAUUACAUUUACUCUUUACAAUGCUAGAUCUGAGGCCUAAGUGACUGUAUACAUAGUGGCAGCCGAGGAAAGUGUCAAACAUGUCCCGCUUUAGUCAUCAGAUGCCGCUGUCAUUUGACUCUGCUCCUCUCACUAGUGUGUAGCCAAAUAGAGUGUAAGUGCAUUUUGGUGCAGACUUUUUUUUUUCUUAUUGUUUUACAGUUAUUUAUAUUUAUUUGAUAUAUAUGACUUACUCUAAACAAGUUUGUGAAGGUGGGGCCAUAGGAGCUGCCGGAGAUAUCCUAAACAUGGCACUCAGGACAGCUGAUGAUGCUUUCUCUUCCUGUGCUAGUACUUUGCAACACAAGGUCAGCUGGGGAGGGCUGCUGCCACCCUGGCCAGCGUGCGGGAGGGACUUACAAGUCAGAGGCAGUGACCCUGGUGGCCGGGCACAUCAACAGUGUCGGGUGACAUUGUCUUUCAUGAGCAGACACACGCUUGGCACAAUCAGUUACCAGUUCAUUCUGAGUUGUAUCCACAUUCCAUAGCUUGUGGUGACUGGUGGUGAGCCGUGACUCGGGCAUGGUGGGCUGUGAGUGUGCCGUGCUGUGCUCACUAAUACUUCAAGUUGUUGCUUGGCCAUUGAAGAGAUAAAUACUGUCUGUUCCUGAAAGGUAAUGUUUGCUGACGGCUGGAAAAAAUACUAUAUAAAUUUCAAGUAACUAACCAAUUUUUUGUCACGAUAUAGUCUCAUACACACUAAUGUUGAUGUUGAUAUACAAGUUCAUGUCUUAUUUAUUGUUUUGAGAGUCAGUUGUGCUGGUUAAGUUUUGUUGUGGAUGAGCAACAGAUGAAAAAGGUACUUGUUUAUGAUCAGCGUCGGUUCACUACUACCAACUGUCUUUGGCAUUUUUUUUCAAUAAAGCUAAAGUUCCAUGUCAGUCUUGAACGUGUCAUUGAAUUUGUUUAUUUUUUGUGGGUUGUGCACCCUUAACAAGGUCACUGUUUUGAUGUUUGUUCAAGCUGGAAGUUGAUCUAACUCACUACCUAACCCAGGUAACUCAUGACCACUGCUGGGCUCUCUUGAGAUUCCUAACAGCAAAAAAGAAAAAAGAAUCAGUCUGAGAAAAUUAAACGAACCUGAUACGAGGUAAGUCUGAAAAAAGGGCACAAUUUUGUUUAGUUGUCGUCGUAGUCACCAGCAUCGUUCCAGCUGAAACGCUUGUUACCCCCCCACAAGAGGAAUGCGUCAACCAAUCCUCCAAGCGAUUUCAGGCACAGACUUUUGAGUUCACUUCAGUUUUCAGGUGUUGUGGACCUCUGCUCUUGCUAGCUUAGAGAGACGUCACACCCUGAACGUUGGCGGGGCACCUCCCUCACCUGUCACCACCACACACUCCUCCUUGGUUAGCCUCCGUGUCUCAGAAGUGAACUUGGUUUCCCUUAUAUACAUACAUACAUACAUACAUACAUAUAUAUAUAUCUAUAAAUAUAUACAUACAUAUAUAUGCAUUAAAAUUGAUGUUCACACCUGUCUUUUAGUGAAACCGUUCCUGAAUGUAACACGACCACUCACUCUUUCCUCGUCAAGGUCUUGCCUGUCAUUGAUGGCUGAUUAACACACUCUAUCCUGCGCGUUGUCUUUUUCCAUUUUGGUUUUCGUGGCAUAACCUUAUCAAGCGUUUAAUGUUUCUAGGUCAGACUGAAUUUUUGGAGAACCUGCAUGACAACUAUAUUUAUUUAAAUUUUUUUUUUUUUUUUGAUAUUGUGUAUGUAUUUUCUUGACAUUCUUUUGCUUUUCUGUAUUUCUCUGUGUUUUUGCAUGCUUUUGCUCAUGGUGACAGUAGGAGUGUGCAUGUUGAGAACCUCUAAUGACAACAACACUGUCACAAGCAAUCACAAGACCGCUGUACUGUGUGAUGUAUGACCUUUGUCUCAACGGGAGGAGGAAGAUUAUGUGCUAUUUAGACGUGAGAUAGAUACCGUACCCCGGCCUGAACAUCUUGGCAGCUUGGAACAAAACCAAUCCAAACCUGCAGCCAUUUUCAUUUAAGCUUUGAAUUAUUUUAUGUAGAGGAGGAAUUACAUGGGCCUUUUAAUUAGUUGCUUUGUACGACUUUGUUACUGCUGAACACUGUACAUAAUUACUACCUUCUCUUCUCUGUACAUUUAUUCUAUAAACGUUAAGUAACAAGUGAAUAAAUUCGAUGUACACCA